AUGGUCAUUGUCUUGAACAAAACUGCAGAACUUUCCUGGACAGAGCGGCUCAGGAAGCGGGAUUAUGAAAGUUACUUGUGUUCCCUGCUGUUCCCUGCAGAAUGCCGAAGUUCUGUGUCUGCACUCAGGGCCUUCAACAUGGAGCUGACUCAGGUUAAGGACUCGGUCUCUGAGAAAGCAAUUGGACUGAUGCAGAUGCAUUUCUGGAGAAAAGCUGUGGAGAACAUAUACCGCGACAACCCGCCACACCAGCCUGUGGCCGUGGAACUCUGGAUGGCUGUCAAGAGACAUAAUCUAACUAAAAGAUGGCUUAUGAGAAUCAUUGAUGAAAGAGAAAAAAAUCUGGAUGACAGAGCGUAUCGCAGUAUCCAGGAGCUUGAGAAUUAUGCCGAGAACAUGCAGAGCUCUCUUCUUUACCUGACACUGGAGGUGCUGGGCGUGAAGGAUCUUCAUGCAGACCAUGCUGCAAGCCAUAUUGGAAAGGUGACUCCAGACUGA